UUACUCUUCCAUACUUGUUAAUUGUGUUUACUAUUCGUCGUCAAUACAUUACUACGCAUCACGCUUCUGCUGAAGUCCGACGCGGGACAAGUUUUCUGUUUUACACUUAGUGAGGACUACCUUAGAAGAAAUUUUCAUUCCUCAGUGGUAGUUGCAUAUUCUUUCCAUUUCACAGUUGAUCUCAUGUUUCACAGAACUUGAAUCAUUGAUGAUUCUGCAAGAAUGGACCACUUCAGUUUUGCAAGUAUCUUGCAUGAUAAGGAAAAUACUCAAACAAAAAAGAUACUGAGAGAAUCACAGACAGGGGUUAACAGUCCCAGGCGGACACCUCUUGGGAAUGUCAGAAACAAACUGCCAACUGAUAGCUAUGCUUUCAACAUUAGAAAAACCCUGUAUGGAACUCCAACAUCUUCUACUAAGUGGAAAUCACCUCUCAGUUCUGUCAGCUCGAAGAAGGUUCCUGUUUUGUCAGUCUCCCAGGAUGUCAUUACUAAGCCACAGUCUGCACUGAAACAACAUGCAGGGCAGAGUGACAAGAAGAAAGUGGUGCGAUUCAGUUUGAAGAAUCAACUGUAUAGUCCAGUACCGCUGAUGAAAACAACUGCAGAUGUUGAGGAUAAUGCAGAUGAUAAAUUAGACAAAGAGACCGAGGACAAAUCGGAAGAUAAUUUAAACGAAGUGACUCAGAACAUCACAGAGGACAAACUGGACGAGGUUGAUGCAGAGGAUAAAUUGGACAAAGACUCUAAAGCUGAUGAAGAAGAUAAACUGGAUAAAGAGAUUGAGGGCUUCAUCUCAUCCAUUCUCAGGCACACAGUUGAUGAAAUAAGAAAUGAAUAUCAGACUCCUGCCAUAAAUGUAAUUCCACCAACGCCAAGUCCAAGCAUAAUCCUUCAUGAAGACACACCCAAAACUGCUGAACACAUAGCAAGGCAGUUCAAGAUUGAAUAUGCAGAGAGUGACAAGUCCCCAGUUAAUGGUUGCCUCACCCAGUUUAAACCAGAGGAAGAGGAUCCAAACAAGUCAUCUAGUUCUACUUCGGAUUUCAAACUGAAAUCCAAGAUACCUGUCAGGUCUUCUCCACAGUGUGACCACAUGCAGGAUAAAAGUCCUUCAAAUUACCCUCGUACACCACGGAUCCAGCUCAGGAAAAGGCAAACAUCUCCAAAUAAUGUGUCUUACGAAUGCCAGCAAAAAGAAGAAAUUGUAGUUAGUGUUGAUAACCAGUCUGUGCAGUAUAACUCUCCUACCGCUGUGUCAAAAUGUAAUACAUCACCAUCGAAAAGACGAGGCCUAAGUAUCAGUGUUGUGAAGUCAGUAUCAGUACCGGCCGUCCAACAAAAUGUCGUGGAAAAAGCCUGUUCACCUAUCUUACUAAAAACAGCCACCACCGAAACUAACACUGAUCCCAUACCUGUUUCUGUGGAUGCAUCAAUGACAACUGACUGUUAUACUCCUGUUAAAUCUGACCAGCAUGUCCAGGUGAAACCAGAAUCUAUGUCUGUUGCCUUGUCCCCGUUCUGCAUCUCCAGUACAGAUGAUUCGACAAAACAAGAAACAUGUGACACUUCGGCGAUGACUGAUGUCGUCAGUUUCGUCAGUCAGGGUGUGAUGGUGAAACCUGUUUGUGUUGAUACAAUGACAAUGACUGAUUUUGCGUGUAAGAAGACAAGCGAAACAUCGAUGACACCUGUGAAAACUUUGUCAAAAGCAGGCAAAAGAUUGACAGCCGAAGAAGUAAGAAGACAGCAUCCAAGAGCAAUAGCCAACCAGUUGGACACAACUCUUGUCUGCAAUGAGCGACUUAAGUCUGACUUGAAGGUUGCAGAGAAGGAGCGGGACAGACUCAAGUGUAUUGUCAAGGAUCUGAGAGCUUCUUUGUCAACCAAACACAAACUCAUUGAAGAACUGGAAGUGCAGAAGGAAAAUGAAAAGACUGAACUUGAGCAAAUGCACUUUGAGGUUGUGAGGGACUUCCAGACCAAGAUAGAGGAGAAAGACAAUCGCUUGAUGAGCAUGGAGCAGGAGGUGCUGGACCUUAAGUCCCUGGUGUUGGAAUCUGAGCAGGAGUACAAGAGUUUCAAGUCCAAGCUGGAGAGUCAGUGUGGGGAGCUUCAAUUGCGUCUGGAAAGUCAGGAGCAGCAGCAUCUCCAACAGGUUCAAGUAAUGAAAGCAGAUUUUGAAAGCAAUAACUACAAGGGCCAGUUUGAGCGGUCUCAGCAGAUGAUCCAAGAGCUGCAGGCACAGCUGGAUGAGUUUGCUGGCAUCAUGGAGGACUUGGAGGUGACAGAACAUCUGCAGGGAGAGGUCCACUCAGCCAUCAGUGAGACUCACAAGAAACUGAGACACGCUGGAGUGAAAAAUGCUGAAAUGAGGAAGAAACUCAUCACUGAGUAUGUGACAAUGCAGAAACUGAAGAAGGAGCUGGUCACAGAGGUGGAGACUCAUAAACAGGAGAAUCAAGCACUGAGAGAGGAGUGCGAGUCCCUCGUCACUUCCCUAGAGAUGUCUCACGACAGCAUCACACAGUUGCAGUCUCUCUACGCCAGCACGUCAUCAGAUCUCCUGCAAGCAACAUCUCAUGUGUGUCAACUUAACACUGAACUGGCUGGUGCUAGGAAAGGUAGUGAUUCUCUUCAAGACUUUGUGUUGACCAAGGAACUGCUGGUACAACAUCUGUCUGAUCAGAAGGACAAGCAGGAGGACCUGACACGCCAGCUUGACACACUCAGUACUCAGCAUUGUCAGAAGACUCAGGAUCUCCUGGAGGAACAGAAGAGGAGUCAGGACUGGGAAAGGUUGGCUCUGGAGGCAAAGGCUUCUUUGACAGAGAAAUGUGCUGAGUAUGAGCUAAGCAUCACCAACCUUCAGAGAACCCUGGACUACCGGGAUCAUGAUAUUGACAUACUGGAAAAGGAUCUGUACGAGUGCAGGGAGAUCAUUCAUGAACAACGCUACCAGGUCGGACAGAUGGAAGAAGAAUUCGAAGCCUUCAAGCAGAAAGUCCAUGUCCAACGAGUGGACCAGGCCGAACUCAAGGCUCUACAAGACAAUGCCGAGUUUCUGGAGGCUGAGAGAGGCAUGCUGAUUGACACGCUACGAGACUCUGAGGAGAAGAUCCGCUCCACGUUCCUGCAGUUGAACCAGCAGCAGAAGACCCUGGCUGACACACAGGUCCAGUUCCUUGAGUACCAGACCACCAUACAGAGUCUACAAGAGGAGCUGUCAACAUCCAGACUUGAGCUGCACUGUACCCGGCAGGAGUCGCAGAGGACAAUGCUGCAGCAGCAGGGGGAGCUGCAGGAAUGUAGGGAGGCAGUGACAGGGCUGGAGGAGAGGAUGUGCACCAUCCUCGGGGUGCUCAGGAUGAAGGUGGGCGUGGAGACAGAAGAGGACACGGUUGAUGCUCCAGUACACUCCAACAUUUCCUCUGAGUCUCUGGUGUCCAAGGUGCUUCAUGCUGUCAACGCAUCCAUAGAUACAUCAGAGGAAAAGGAUGCCUCAUUCAGCUGGAGCAAGUCCCGACCUCCGAGUGAGGAAGCCAGCCCCACAGAGGGCAGCACCUCCCAAGCCAGAUCUUCCACCGACAGUGGCUACAACAACUCCUUCGCUAGUCCUGGUGAGGCAAGCAGAUCCAGGUUGGGCUUCUCACAAGCUAGUGCCUUUGUCCCUGUGAGGAGCGCACCACAGUCACAAUCUAUUGAAGAUGAGGACAAAGUACAGAUGCCAGAAGAUAGGGACAGAGUAGAGAUGCCUAACAAUGAUGGUAGAAGUCAUAAGUCCAUUGUUAAACAAAUCUCAGUUCUCAGCGAGGUUCUGUCUGAGAUUGUUAGCAUGGCCAAUAUUUUGGAGAAAGCUUCUGCAUUGUCGCUUCAGGAUCUCAAAGGAGACAACUGUCUGUUGCGGGAGAAGGUGUGUUGGUUGGAGGGCGAGGCGUUGAGAUUGCAGCAGGACCGUGUAGCAAAGACAGAGGAGCUGACCGAGGCCAACAAGCUGGUAGAGGAACUGAAGAACAGGAUCAGGGAUAUGGGGGAUCGAAUCAUCGCACUCUCAGACUACCAGUUUGAAAAUAAGAAGAUGCAUCAGGAUAUGAUGCAGCUGAUGGGCGAUGUGAAACGGCUGGAGGGGGAGAAGGAAAUCCUGGAGGAACAGCUAGCCCACACCACCCCACACCACCCUGGCCAAGUCGGCAACCCCGGACACAGCAUGCAGGGACAGGUGAUCUCACUCAAGAAGAAGAACCAGCAGCUUUUAAUCCAGUUGAUGGAAGAGAAAGAUCGCUACCAGGAAAUGGGGAGCAAGGCAGCUCGCAAAAUGAAGAUCCUUGAAGACAACUGGAAGAAAGCGGAAGCUGAGGUGUUUCGGUUUGAUGAAUUGGUGGAUUCCAUACAGAAGAUUUUGGAAGACAAUCGUGAAUUCAUCUCCCGAAACCCUGAGCUGCUUCUCCUGAUGAAGGUUAUCAAUGGGGAGGAUACCAUCCCCUCUGGGGGCUCACUCCAACCUAGAGCCUCACUCUCAGGACCCUCACUCACAAGACCCAUUCAGAGACCUUCUCUAGCCAAAAUGCCAAAGUUUUAAUUCCUUGUGUUAUGGAUAUACAAAAUAUGUCAUAUCACUAAGAGACUAUAAGAACUCGCUGUAAGCGGUAAUUUCAAAAUUUGUAAAAAAAAAUAAAAUCAUUUUACUUUUUUUCAGAUCGAGUGAUAUAUUUGUCAGGGACAAAUACAUACUUACAUCUGUACUUUUAUGAGAAGAUUCAUGAAACUCUGUUUAUAUGCAGUCUACUGUUGAAUAUUUGUUUCCCUUUUAAAAACUUUUAAAAGUCACAAAAAAAAAACCCCACUUUAUUAUGCCCGAAACAUGUAAAUAUAUGAUUAUCUCAAUGAUUGAGACCAUCAACACUAAAAUGAAAUAAAUAUUUAUUCAGUG